AUGCCAAUCCAACUUGUUGAACAAGGAACUUUAAUUCCAUUGACACCAGUGAUACUUGAUCAAAGUGCUUAUAUUGAUACUCAACCGAACACCAUAUUAUAUGGGUAAAUAAAACAAAAACAUUUAUUUAAUACAGUUUUAGAAUAACAAUUAAUUUGAUAACACUACUUAAACAUAUUUAGUACUUUGUUUAUGAAAUAUGAAAUUCCCACCUAUACCAGUGAUUUACUGUGUAUAGUGGCACUUUUGUAUAUUUUAUGGCACUUAUCUGAUGUAUGUCUAUAUAUUAUAAAUAGAAUGGUAUAAUUAUAUUACUUUUUUCACAACUAAAAUGUCAUCCUCUACAAGAUUUGAUUUUUGUUAUAUUACUGAUAAAUACUCAAAUAGUAUUUUAUUCUAUAUUUAGUUUAUAUUUUAUUGUAUCUUAUAAACUUUGUAUGUUUUUAAUAUUAAUAGUAUUUAAUAUAAUUCUUGAAAUAUUAAAUUGUAAUUAGUUAUCACCCUACAGAACUUAUGACUAUAAAUGUUGGCACUUUAGUGUAGAUAUUUAGUUGUACAUUUACAAAGAAGUAUAAAAAAAAUGUUUACAGUACAAUAGCAAUCAUGGGUGUGACACUAUAUAAUAUUAUGUUAGUAUGAGUGUAUAGACAAUUCUUUAGUUAAUAUCCAUAACCCAUUGCCAAUAUAAAAGUGCAUCGUAUUACUUAUUAUUUAUAAUUAAUAUUGUUGACUGUAUUAUUAUAUUCGUUUAUGAAUUUAACUUUACACUGUCUAGAUUACUUUAAUCUUUUACAAUCAAAUAUAAUUUUUUUUUCCAGAUGUACAAACAAUCCUAAUGGAUUAGAAGAAACAAAUACCAUCAUAAAUAAUUAUCCAAUUAAUGAAUUUGUAGAUACAAAUAUGCCCAUAAAUAAUUAUCCCGUUAAUGGAUUUAUAGAAACAAACCCUCCCAUAAAUAAUUAUCCCAUUAAUGGAUUUGUAGAAACAAAUGCCCCCAUUAAUGGAUUUGUAGAAACAAAUGCCCCCAUUAAUGGAUUUGUAGAAACAAAUGCCCCCAUAAAUAAUUAUCCCAUUAAUGGAUUUGUAGAAACAAAUGCCCCCAUAAAUAAUUAUCCCAUUAAUGGAUAUGUAGAAACAAAUGCUCCUAUAAAUAAUUAUGCCAUUAAUGGUUUUGUUUAUGAUGCUCAAAUGCCUAUGGAACCAGUAUUGAAUACUAUGGUACAUAAAUGUAUGGCACAUCAAGAAUCACAAACUGAAGGAAAAGGAUACAUAUGCGCCCAUUGUGAAGAAUUUUAUUACUCAAAAAAGAAUUUGAUACUUCAUAUGAAAACUCAUAAGGUAAAGAAAUCAUAUCCAUGUAAAGUAUGUGGUAAAUCUUAUUCUAGUUUAUUUCCUUUAAGAAAUUGCAGGAAAGUUUAUAAAAGUGCAAUAUUACUUCAAUGUAACUUUUGUUAUUAAAUAUUUUAUGAUAAAUAGUAUUUAAAAGAAAAAAAAAAGAAUUUAUGCAAGAGAAAAGCCAUAUAAAUAUGAUUUGUGCAGGAUAUAUAUUUACUUGGGCCAUCUCUUUCACAUUCUAUAUAAUACAAAUUACAGUUUAACUAAUAUAAAAAAAAUUUAUAAUAUUUAAAAAAUAUUCUAGAUUAUCAUAAAAUAUAUUUUAAUAAUAAUGUUAUAUAGGUACCUAUAUUUGAGUAUAACCUAUUACCAAAAGUAAUAACAAGUACUUACCUACAUUCUAAUAAUAAUUCAAUUGUUGAACAGGGAACUCCAAGUUCAUUACAAAUGAAACAUAACCAAAAAGCUCACAGUGAUACUUCCCAGAACAUCACAUAUAACAGGUAAACAGAAGAAAAAUAUUUGUUUUAUUCAAUACAAUUUUAGAAUAAUGGUUAAUGCUUUAUCAUUACUUUAAUACUUUAGUUUCUGUGUGGAGCAAGAGAUGUAUUGGUCUGGUUUAUUAUUUUUUUUUUUUUUGUGAACAACUUUUGUAUCAACAAUUCUGCUCUCAUUUUCAAGUGCAGCAUUUUGUUCUGAAAGGAUAUUUGACUAGGAUGAUGCUUUAGAAAGAUCAAUUUUUGAUUUUUUUUAAAAGUUUUCUAUACUAAAAAGAAAAAAAUAUAGGAAAAACUGGAAAAUUUACAAAAUGUAUUAUUUUCAAAUUAUAAAUAUUACAGUCUUUCAAAACAUAUAUAACUGAACUUCACUCAGAAUUUUUUUUAUGAUAUAAUCUUUGCAUUCAAAUAUACAUUCAAUGUUUUCUUCAUCUUUCCAACUUUUCCCAUUUUAAAUAUAAUUUUUAUAAAUAUAUAAUUCAAUUCCAAUCACCAUUUAUGUAUGUAUUAUACAAUUUAAUAAAAUUUAAUAAAUGCAUAAUAAUGAAUCUUAACAUAACUUAAUAGCAAAACAAAAACAAUUAAUUUAAGAAUAUAUUUUAAUGCAAUAUUAAUAUUUACAAAAGGGUUAUACUUAUUUGAUUAUUAUAAUCUGUGAUUAAUUUUUGGGAGUUAGAGAUUAAAAAAAAUAUAGCAUUGUUAGAGUAAAAUUGAUCGAUAUUAUGCAGAUUACAUUUACAUAUAGGCUGUCCCAUGAACAUAUACCCCUUGAAUAUCUCCAGAGAUAAUAAAGAUAACUAAAUUCUGAUUUUGUUUUAUAUUACUUAUAGAUAUGAGGACUACAAAUAUGUAUAUUUGAAUUCAUUUGUUUUUAGUAAAAAUAUUUAAAAACAAAUUUAUUUUAUUACUUUUGGAAAAUUUUAAAAUAACCAUUCUGUAAAGUUUGUUUUUCUGAAAAUUUGAAUAUAUUAUACAUUUAUAUUUGAUGAAUAGUUUCUAUGUAAUAGUUGUGAUAACAUCAAUGUGCCCCACAAUUUAACCCACUGUCUUAGAAGAUCUUGUAUGUUAUUAUCAGUGGCGUAGCCAGGGGGGUUUAAGUGUUUAUCUUACUCCCCCCUCAUUGAUUUCCUUUUAAAAAAAAUCUUAGUAAGUCAAAAAAAUUGUAUUUCUCUCGAAUUUCGACCUAUCGAGGUUUCACUAUUUUUUUGAUGUACAUUGAUUAUUUUUCAAUGUUUUUCUAGUUUUUAAGAGAAUAUAGGAGAAUGUUUUUAGUAUUUUUUAGUAUACAUUAGCAUUAUAUUUUAGGUCAGUGAUAACUAACUACUGCCUGCAGUAUAAAUCGGGCCAAUAAUCAUUUAUUAAUCUACCCCCUCCCAAAGUAUGAAAUCAAAAUUGAAAAAAAAAAUAACUUCAAAUUUCAAAAAUUAUCACCCAUUAAAAAAAAGAUAUGUUUAUAAUAUACAGUUUUUUCUCAUUGAUAACAAUCAAUACAUAAUAAAUAAUUAAAUAUAUUACUGUAGCUGUAUUAAGAUGUACUUACAACAAAUUACUUAUAAGUAAAAGAUUAAAUUCUUGGCCCAUAGAGUUAUUUUUUUUUUUUCAUUGGCCUCUGUAAAAAAAGUGGGUCACCACUAUUUUAGGAGUAUAUAAAUCCAGACUAUAGUUUUAACUAUUAUGUUUACACUUUAAUAUAGAUAUUUAGUUAUAUACAUUUAGUUAUACAUUUACACAAAAGUACAACAAAUGCUGUCAGUAUAUAUCCAAACACAGGUGUGGAAUUAUAUAAUAUUAUAAUGUUAGUGUGAGUAUACAGGUGAUUCUUUAGUUGAGCUUCAAGACCUACUGACAAUUUAAGUGUGCAUUGCAUUAAUUUAUUAUUUAUAUUUUAUAGUAUUUACUUUAUUAUUAUAUUUGUUAGUGAAUUUAACUUAACACGGUCUGGAUUACUUUCAACUCCUACUAAUUAAAUAUUAUAAUUUUUUUUUUUCCAGAUAUAUAAACAAUCCCAAUGUAUUUGAAGAGGUAAAUGAAAUCAUAAAUAAUUAUCCCAUUAGUGGAUUUGUAGAAACAAAUGCCCCCAUAAAUAAUUAUCCCAUUAGUGGAUUCGUAGAAACAAAUGCCCCUAUAAAUAAUUAUCCCAUUAAUGGAUUUGUAGAAACAAAUGCCCCCAUAAAUAAUUAUGCCAUUAAUGGAUUUGUAGAAACAAAUGCCCCUAUAAUUAAUUAUCCUAUUAAUGGUUUUGUAGAAACAAAUGCUCCUAUAAAUAAUUAUCCUAUUAAUGGUUUUGUAGAAACAAAUGCUCCUAUAAAUAAUUAUCCCAUUAAUGAUUUUGUUUAUGAUGCUCAAAUGCCUAUAGAACCAGUAUUGAAUACUAUGGACUAUAAAUUUGUGGUACAUCAAGAAUCACAAACUGAAGGAAAAUGUUAUAUAUGUGCCAUCUGUGACGACUUCUAUUUUUCAAAAAAGAAUUUGAUUAUUCAUAUGAGAACUCAUUAUAAAUCAUACCUAUGUACAGUAUGUGGCAAAUAUUUCUAUAGGUUAUCUCGUUUAAAAAAACACAGGAAAAUUCAUAAACGUGAGAUUUUACUUCAAUGUAACAUUUGCUAUUUAAAAUUUUGUAAGAGAGCUUAUUUAAAACACCAUAAAAGAAUUCAUACAGGGGAAAAGCCAUAUAAAUGUGAUUUGUGUAAGAUGGCAUUUACUUGGACCACCGGUUUAACAUCUCAUUUAAUAAAGAUUCAUAAAGUAAAAAAGCCCUUUGAAUGUAAAAUAUGUAAAAUGACAUUUGCUUAUUUAUCUGCAUCACUGAAGCAUCAAGAUGUUCAUACAAGAAUAAUGCCUUAUCAAUGUCAUUUAUGUCCUGAAAAGUUUUUAUGGAAAGGAGCUUUACUAACUCAUUUUGAAACAGCUCAUGAUAUAGAAAUGAUUUAUCAAUGUUCUAUAUGUCAAAAGUCAUUUAAUACAAAAAUGAAAUUAUUAAAUCAUAAAAAAUUCCAUAAUGAGAACUUUUUUGAAUGUGAUAUUUGUGAUAGGUCAUAUAAAUACAAACAAGAUUUAAAAGCUCAUAAAAUUAUACAUAGUGGGCAAAAGCCAUACCAAUGUAGUGUGUGUCCAAAGUCAUUUGCAUUUAAAAAAUAUUUAUUGUCACACAACAGAACACAUACAGGAGAAAAACCAUAUAAAUGUGAUAUCUGUAUGCAGACAUAUGCUUUUAAUUGGUCUUUAACUAAUCAUACAAAAAAAUGUCAUAAUGAAAAAACCUAA